AUGCCCGGAGUGCGCUACUCUUCCCUUUCCGGCAAGCCUUUAAAGCCGCCUUUGACUCAGCGUGUGUUGAUCCUCGUGCAGAUCCUCUUCGUUCUCUACGGUGCAUACGCAGCCUACGAGAUCCGCCUCUAUCCCAUCAAGGACUAUGGCUACAUCAUCCAUGAGUUUGAUCCUUGGUUCAACUACCGGGCUGCAGAAUACCUCGCAGAGAACGGCUUGAAGAAAUUCUUCCAGUGGUAUGACUACGAGUCCUGGUAUCCACUCGGGCGGCCCAUCGGCACAACGAUCUACCCCGGCAUGCAGAUGACUGCGGUGUGGAUCUGGGAGGCCAUGAAGAUGAUUGGCAGCUUCAAGGUGGAGACCCCGUCCCUGGUCUUGGCGUUGAGGCCCUUGCUCUCCUACUUGAAGCAAUCUGGCUGGAAGUUCGUGCCUUCCUUGAAGCCCUCGUACGACUUCAGCCCCAUGAGUGUCAACGACAUCUGCUGCAUGAUCCCGCCUUGGUUCGGCACCUAUGCGUCCCUCUUCACGGGGCUCUUGACCUACGAGAUCUCCCGGAGUGUGAACGCAGGGGUCUGCGCCACCCUGAUCAUGGCCAUCAUCCCUGCACACCUGAUGAGGUCCGUAGGAGGGGAAUUCGACAACGAAGCCGUGGCGGUCACUGCCAUCUGCUCCACCUUUUGGCUGUGGAUUCUGAGCGUUCGGACGCCGAAGCACUGGCCCGUGGGCUUGCUGGCCGGCCUCUCCUACAUCUACAUGGUGGCGGCUUGGGGAGGCUACAUCUUCGUGAUCAACAUGGUCGGCAUCCAUGCUGCGAUGCUGGUCGCCUUGGGCCGAUUCAACUCCGGCGUCCACAAGGCCUACAGCAUCUUCUACGUGGUGGGUGUCCUGGGGGCGAUGCAGAUCCCGGUGGUGGGCCUCCAGCCGCUGCGCUCCGUCGAACAGCUCGGGCCGCUGAUGGUCUUCAUGGGCUUCCAGGUGUUGGCUUUCUGCGACUUCCAAAGAAGAAGGCAGAAGAUGCAGGCCAUGGAGUUUGCCAUCUACCGCGCAAAGGUCGUGGCUUUGCUGAUCGUCUGCACUCUCCUAGUUUGUGCCGCGUUGUACCCGACCGGGUACUUUGGUCCAAUCUCCUCGAGAAUACGAGGGUUGUUUGUGAAGCAUACGAAGACAGGGAACCCCUUGGUGGAUUCGGUGGCAGAGCAUCAGCCCGCCAACCCAUCCAUGUAUGCCAGCUACUUGAACCUUCCGCUGGACUAUGCAGUACUCGGCGGCUUCGUUUGUCUCGGGCGGCGCAACAACGGCUUCCUCUUCCUCUGCUUGUACGGCUUCGUGGCGCAGCACUUCUCAGGCAAGAUGUCCCGUUUGGUCCUGAUUUGUGGGCCCAUCGUCUCCGUGGCCUGUGGGAUCUGGUGCGGCUUCGUCUUGGACCAGUUGAUCGAGCCCUUCCUGAUCCUCCUGGGCAAGAAAGGAUACACUCCGCCAACGCCCCCGAGCGAGGAGAGCAAAGCGAAGCCACCAGAGAGUGGCAAGAGCGAGGCCAAGGGAAAAGCUGCUGCAAAGGACAGCGGCAAGGCGAAGAAAGCCCCCAAAAAGGCUUCCAGCUCUUCACCGGUGGAGCUCGAUUGGACCCUGGAGGAGUGGGAGGAGGACCAGCGCCCAGGUGGCGCCAACCAGCUGCUGCGCGCCUUCGAAGGCCAGAUGCGAAAGUCUCAGACCGACGGAAUCGAAGCCUACCGGGAGAUCAGGGCCACCAUGGACAACAACCUGGGAGUGGUGGCCGGGCGAGGGGUCAUCUCCCUGGUCGUACUGCUCUAUGCCGUCUACAUCAGCUCUCUGUCCGUGAAAAUCCCGACUUUCAUCCGGCACUGUGAUCAAGUAGCCAGGUCACUCUCCAACCCCCAGGUGGUCUUCAUGUCGCGCGACAGACAGGGCAACAACUUCAUAGUGGACGACUACCUGAAAGGCUACCAGUGGAUAGACCAGAACACACCGAAAGACUCGCGGGUCAUGGCUUGGUGGGAUUACGGUUACCAGAUCACGGGCAUUGCCAGGAGGACCUCCAUUGCAGAUGGCAACACCUGGAACCACGAGCACAUCGCUACCUUGGGCCGAACGCUGACCAGCAGCGAGAAGAAGGCCCACAAUGCCAUCCGGCAUCUGGCAGACUACGUCCUCGUGUGGGCCGGAGGUGGUGGCGACGACCUGGCGAAGUCGCCGCACUUGGCGAGGAUCGGAAACUCCGUGUUUCCGGACCAUUGCGGAGACGACGACCCCAAGUGCAACAAGUUUAGCUUCUACGCGGACCACUCACCGACUCCGAUGAUGGCAAGAUCCUUGCUUUACAAGCUUUGCCAGCACAACGUGAGUCCUGGAGUUAAGGUGAACGAGAAGCUCUUCAAGGAGGUCCACACGACCAAGCACGGCUUGAUGCGGGUGUACCAAGUCAUGAACGUUUCUCAAGAGAGCAAGGAUUGGGUUGCCGACCCGAAGAACCGAGUCUGCGACGCCCCGGGCAGUUGGUACUGCGUUGGUCAGUACCCCCCUGCCUUGGAGAAGCUGAUCGCGAAACGCAGGAACUUCGCACAGAUCGAAGACUUCAAUCGAGCAGGUGGGAAGAGCGCCUACACCAAGCUCAUCGAAAAGGAGCUGCACGGGGCCGCAUCUCACAAUGACCUCUGA